AUGGACACAAGUUUCCACGGAUUCUUGAAUCCUUCCUCCCAGCUUCAAAUGGGGAUUCAAUCCGGCGAGUCGCCGGCACUGGAAUUCGAUUUUCCGAUCAUCGACGAAUUAGGGAUUCACCUGCUCCCAAACACGCCCUUACCCACCUCACUCUCUGCAAUCGAUCAAGACUGCGACUUUUCCAACUCCCCUUUGCUUAGAUACAUAAACGAGAUGCUAAUGGAGGAGGAUAUGGAAAACCAAACCCACAUGCUCCAAGAAUCCCUCCAUUUUCAGGCCAAAGAGAAGUCCUUUUACGAGGCCAUCGGCAAACGGUACCCGCCCUCUCCCGGUCCUAACCCGGCCCGUUGUCUCGAGAGCCCGGAUUACGAUUCUAGCAACAACCCGUACAGCUGGUCUUCUAGUAGCAGCGAUUGUGGUGGGUACUUGAUCCACAUAGUCAAUUCGGGUCGGGUCAAUGGGCGCAACCCGUUUACUGGAUUCAAUUCGGGUAUUCUUGAUAUUGUUGGCGAGCCUGUAAAAGAAUCCGAUUUUCGAGCUAAGAGAAAUCGGCACAAUGUCGAUAAUGAACCGGAAUUGGAAAACGAGGAAAGAAGUAGUAAAAUACGAGCCCGGGACUCCGAUAUCGAUAAGCUCACGGGCGAAUUCGACUCGAUGCUGCUCAACUCCAUGGGUGAAGGUCGUGAGAAAUACGGUGCUUACCGUGAGGAGUUAAAAAAUGCUCUAAAAAAGGAUAAGCAGCCUCGAGCGGCGGCAAAAACCCGAAAGGCUCGUGCGGCCAAGAAGCAGAGCAAGAAAAAGGAAGUGAUCGACUUGCGGGCCCUUCUCAUCAGCUGCGCGCAGGCCAUUGCAGUCGAUGACACUCACAACGCGAACGAGCUUCUGAAAAAGAUUCGGGAGCACUCGUCGCCAGGUGGCGACCCCGGCCAGAGGCUGGCCCACUAUUUCGCGGAUGCCCUCGAGGCCCGUUUGGCCGGCGGGCGAAGCCCGAUUUACAAACCGAUCGCCGCUCGAAAAACAAAGGCCUCCGAUUACCUUCGGGCCUACUACACGUCUCUUGCGUCGGCCCCAUUUAAAAAAAUCUCGAAUUUCGCAUCAAUUCGUACGAUAAUCAACAAGUCCCGAACGGCCGACAAAGUCCACGUCAUCGAUUUCGGUAUAUUGUACGGAUUCCAAUGGCCUACCUUCAUCCAGCGCCUCGCGAAGCGGGAGAACGGGCCUCCGAGGGUUAAGAUCACGGGCAUCGAUUUCCCUCAACCGGGCUUCAGGCCUGCGGAGCGGGUCGAGGAUACGGGCCGGAGGCUGGCCCGUUACGCAGAGAAAUUCGGUGUACCGUUUGAGUACAACGCGAUUGCUCGAAAAUGGGAGAAUAUCCGGCCCAAAGAUCUGAAAAUCGAGAAGGAUGAGUAUUUGGCCGUGACAUGCAUGUACCGAGGCAAAAACUUGCCGGACGAGUCGGUUAUGGGACAGAGCUGCUCACGGACUAAGGUUCUCGAUUUAAUCCGGAAAAUAAAACCGGACAUAUUUAUCCAUGGUGUGGUGAACGGGACUUACGGGGCCCCGUUUUUCUUGACCCGGUUUCGUGAGGUUCUUUACCAUUUUUCGGCUCUGUUCGACAUGUUGGAAGCGUGCGUGCCUCGUGAAAUUACCGAAAGGACCCUCAUUGAAAAAGAGAUGUUUGGGAAGGAGACUUUCAAUGUGGUGGCUUGUGAGGGUUGGGAGAGGGUGGAGAGGCCCGAGACGUAUAAGCAGUGGCAGGUUCGUAAUAUGAGGGCCGGGUUUGAACAGGUGGCGUUCGACCGGGAGAUUGUUCGGGACGCGAUGGAGAAGGUGAAGAUGUACUUCCACAAGGAUUUUCUGAUCAACGAGCAGAGUAAGUGGGUUUUGCUCGGGUGGAGAGGGAGGAUAGUUAACGCGAUUUCGUGCUGGAAACCAGUUUGA